AGCUCACUCUGUCUCCAUUUCGACGAAACUCGGGUCAGGUGCAGCGCCUAUGCCAUAGCAGAGUUCGGCUAGACCGACAGACCGGGUCAGACCCUCACUGGAAACUAUCCACACAUAUGAAAUCCAGCAGAUGCCAGCGUAGGGGGCCCGAUAGUAUGCCAACCACACUGGACUUGGAGCUCUUCUAGGGCUUCCGACGAUAGGCCGCACGCACUGCCCGCCGUGGAAAUCCUCCUCAGUCAAAUUCGCGUCGCCGAGGCAAGAACAUUGCCGUCCCAACAGUUUGAGAUGCGCGGUUGCCCAGUUUGAGAGUCACACCUUCUAUAAACUCAGCAGCUCUAGAAGAAGCGCGGAGGAUGCAGCUGUACCUGGGCGCGAAUCCGUGCUGAGCUCUGGUAUCUGGAACCAAAAAGGAUAGGCCUCAUCAUACAGCCACAUCGUAGUUCUCGUAAAGCUUUUUUCGUGGUGUCUGUCCAAGUGGAAAAGCGAAAAGUAGCAAUACCGCGGAAGCCCUUGAAGUGUCUACGAAAAUCGUUAAAAAAUAGAAAAACACUCGGCGAGUAUGUCACGACGCGCUUGAAGACCCACUGGCUUAGGGGGAGUGAUUGGGAUUGAAAGAUAUCUGGCCCACAGCCGACUAUUCUGAUACUACUCCCACCAAACUUUAAACUCAGGAUUCGCAUGGACAAAGGCACAAUGAAGCGCAAGCAAAGGAGAUACAGAACAACAUUUAACACGCUGCAACUCCAGGAGCUGGAGAGGGCUUUUCAGCGGACCCACUACCCGGAUGUCUUCUUCCGCGAGGAGCUGGCCGUGCGAAUAGAUCUGACGGAGGCCCGGGUGCAGGUGUGGUUUCAGAAUCGAAGGGCCAAGUGGCGGAAGCAGGAGAAGAUCGGCGGAAUCGGAGGAGACUACAAGGAGGGGGGCCUGGAUCUCGAUGUGUCCUACGACGAUAGCGCUGUUUUGGGUCAACUAGAUACGGCAUUAGCAGGUGGAACUCUCCUGCCGGACACACCACCCCAAUCUUCCAACUCCCUGGACAACGAGCUAAAGGCGCCAUAUGGACCCACGUCCAUGUCACCAUCCAGGCUGUCGCCGAAUAUCUUCUUGAACCUGAACAUUGACCAGCUUGGCCUCGAAAGAGGCGGCAACGGGCUCUCGAUGGAGUGGUCCACUUACCCUCCUCCAAGUACAGAGCCACCGCAGUCGGAGCAUACUCUCCACCAGCAGCACCCGCCUCAGCAGCAGCAUUCCGGGCAGAAUCAACAUCCGCACCAUGAGAACAUCCAUCAGCAUGCGCAACAGAAUCCACUGCAUUCGCAGGGAUUAGAGUUUGCUGCCUCCUUGGAUCUGGAACUGCCCGAUGGCUCCUCCGCCUAUGAUGAGAUGAAGUUCCUCAGCGUCGAUCAGUUCACGAUUGACAGCUUCAAGGCAGACUGCAUUCUCAGCAUGGAACAGCCCCAGAUGCAGUCGUACGUGGAGAGCCACGCCCAGCUCGUCAGUUCACCCAACGAACUGUGCCUCGAGGCCAUCGGAAUGUCCGCCUUUGGUAUGGAGGACACAGGGCCUAAGACUCCUCCCUCCCUCCUAGUGCUAGACAAGUCGCUGCCCUCUCUUAGCAUCGGAGUGGAGGGUAUUGCUGACCUCGUGGAUCAACUGCAUCAUCAUCAGGACUGAGGCCGGCGCGGGGACUAAUCACAUUUAGGACAAUUUGUAGGCAAUCGUGAAGCAUAGCCGGUGCAAUCUUAGUUGUUACCGAUGUGGCUUCCAAGGCAAGAAGUUCAGGGGCGAAUGGUGAAGUUAAAUCAUGUUGUUGUUUUAUAGUCCAUGACGAUAGGUUUAGCCUGUAUUGGGUAAGUCUUUUCCAAAAAAAGGUUGGUUCGAAUAAGGAAUCUAAAAACUAAAAGAGCACUAAAAUAUUGUAUCUAAAGUUUGUAAUUCAGCCUUAAAAAGUAAUAG